AUGACUUCUUUUCCCCUCGACUCGUGUUGCUAUAAGGGUGUUAAGCAUGAAGGUGUUGCCAAGGGCAAGUUGUCUAAGAUCGGCGACUUCGAAGUAUACACUGUCUAUCCUGAAAGCCAGUCGAUAGAGAAAGCUAUUUUGAUCUUGACCGACAUCAUCGGACAUACCUUUAUCAAUAUUCAGCUCAUAGCUGACCAAUUCGCCGCUAAUGGCUAUUUUGUUGUGAUUCCCGAUUUAUUUUCUGGUGACCCCAUCCCAUUGAACAGACCCGGUGAUUUCGAUAUGGAGAAAUGGCGUCGAGGACACUACCACCCCAAGGGAAUUGCACACACACCGGAAAAUGUCGAUCCUAUUGUUGAGAGCUCCUUAAAAGCCAUGAGAGAGACCUACGGCUGCAAGAAAAUUGGUACCGUGGGAUACUGCUUCGGUGCGAAGUAUGUCGCCCGUUACCUUCGACCAGACCUGGCAAAGGCCGAUGUUGGGUUCUUUGCACACCCCAGUAAUGUCACAGAUGAAGAGUUGCGUGCAAUCACGGGUCCUCUUGGAAUCGCCGCAGCGGAGACAGAUGCGAAGUUUCCACCUGAGAAACGGCAUCAAAGCGAGGUUAUCCUGAAGGAAAUAGGACUUCCUUACCAGAUCAAUCUGUAUAGUGGUGUCGCUCAUGGAUUUGCCGUUCGGGGUGAUCUUAACAACCGGACUGUACAAUAUGCCAAAGAGACUGCCUUCUUACAAGCUGUGCAAUGGUUUAAUGAGCACCUGAGAGUCUAA